AUGGCAAGAAAAACUAGCAACAGUGUUAUAGAAAAGAUUUUGGAGAAUUUCGAGGACUCAAAUCUCUCAGACCUUGAGAAUUCGGAAUCGGAAGAAAUAUUAAAGGAUUUAUUUGAGGCAUUUGACAAUAAUGAAACUUUUGUGAUGGAGGAGCUUAGUCGUCAAGGUCCGUAUGAUAUAAGCAUUACAAAUAUCAACGGGGAAUGUAAUGACGAACUAGUUUUGGAUGAAAAUGGCUCUAGCUCAGAAGCUGGCAUUAAGGAUCCCAAUUUGGAGAGGCAUACUAAAGGUAAAUCGCGUCAUUUUACGGUGAAUGGUUUUAAUACGCAUGCACAGCAACAACAACAAUCGCAACAGCAAAGCCAGAGUGACGUGCGUAACAUUUACAAUAAUCCUUACAUACCACCAUCAGCACCAACAAGCACACCAAACCAACAACAACAACAGCAAACACAUCGCUUACAGCAGCAACAGCAACAACAAUUGUUAUAUAAAUCUAUCGCCAGCGGCGUUGUUGGAGGUGUUGGAAAUAGCGGUGCCAAUCAAUACGAUUACCCACCAACAACCUCCACUGAACUUCAACAUCAGCAGCAACUGCAGCAACAACAACUACAGCAACAUCAGCAGCUUCAACUACAGCAACAACAACAGCAAUUGAGCAGCGUCUUGGAGGCAGAGAACAGCACCUUCCCCAGUCAUAAUAAAGUUUGA